UGCAAGCAGCUCUUCCUCUCUGUGAUGAAGAGGAGGAAUGCUGAGUGCUGACCUUACAAGAGGAGACGCACCCUUCUUUCCAGGAAUUGUACUUUUUCUUGCUUUUGUCUUGACGCGCGGCAAGGAGUCAAAUGAGGGACAUCACUAAUGAGACACUUUUUAGGACUUGGGGCCAAGCGCUGUGCUGAGCGUCUCAAGGGAAUGUUCUUCCAUUGCCUAUCCGAGGAAUAGAUUUACUUUAUCAUUUUACUGCCAUUGUCUAAUGCUGUUCUGAUUUCUUGCUGAGUAUAAAUUGCAUUGUUUAUUGGACUGUUUAUGAUUUAUUUCCCUUUUAUUGAGCUCCAGCAGCCACUUGUCUUGCUCUUGUGAUCGAAUUGAAAGUAAAAGAUGGCACAGAAGGAGGGAGGAACAGAGCAGUGGUGUUUGAAGACCGGGGACAAUUUUGGGGCCAAAGCCAUGCCGGGGGCCCCCGCGCCAGGGGGCGGAGUGGUGGUGGGGGUCCGCGAGAAGAAGGGACCCCUGAGGGCCGCCAUACCCACAAUGCCCUUCCCUCUGGCGGUCAUCUGCCUCUUCUUCAACACCUUCAUUCCAGGACUUGGCACCUUCAUCUCGGCCUUUUCGGUGCUGUGCGGCGCUCGCAGUGAGCUGGUCCCCGAGCGAGGCGUGUGCUGCGUCUUCUGGCUCAACCUGGCGGCGGCCCUCAUCCAGAUCCUGACGGCCGUCUUCAUGGUGGGCUGGAUCAUGAGCAUCUUCUGGGGGAUGGACAUGGUCAUCCUGGCAAGCUACAGAGACCAAGGUGUUCCACAGGAAGUCUAAGAGGACCCCAUAUGACAGGUGGUCUUUUUGAAGGACCCCCAAAAUUGAGGACAACCUUUCCGUCCUUUAAUCGUGCGAUGGCAGCGAUGGAGUGUUAGUGUGGUUCAAAAUAAGAGCAUGGAGAAGAAGAAAAAAGGGCAGGAAUGAAUCACCAAAAUGUUAGCUAGCUCGCUAAUCAGCGGAGUUGUGCUAGCUAAUAGUGUAAAACGAAACAAAGCGUUUUGUGUUUAUUACAUAUUUUGUUUGUUUUCUGGUGCUUUUGGUUAGUGAAAAGUGUCCAAUAAAUCAAACAAAGUACUUUCAUGCUAUAAAUGUUGCUAAAUAGUUUCUUUUUGUUGACUUGGUAUUUUUUAAUUACAAACACAUGCACGUAAAAUAACUUUUAUUCUAGAAGUCCAAACUACAUCUGAUUACUCUUUGUUGUUCAAUAUGGAUUUAUGUAAAAGCUGCAAGCUGAUGUGCGCAACUGCACAAGUGACACAUGCACCCUGAUAAGUACCUCUCGUGUGUGUGUGUGUGUGUGUGUGUGUGUGACAAUCAUUGAAACUUUAACAUAUAAGUAUGGUAUCCCUGUUGGUACUAAGCUUCAUUUUUAAUCAUGGACGGAUAUUUCCAAACAAAAUAGUUAUGUUAAAUACAUAUACAUUUAAAAUAUUUGUCCAAAUACAACUUGAUGAAUUAUCAGUGAUCUGAUUGGUUUCAUCGCAUUGUUUGAAAUUGUAAUCCUUUCCAGUUUAAUCAUGGAUUGAAUUUACUUUAUUAAGCCGAUGUGCGCAACUGCACAAGUGACACAUGCACCCUGAUAAGUACCUCUCGUGUGUGUGUGUCUGUGUGAGUGAGUGUGUGUGUGGUACAAGUAAAAGUUGUGACAGUGUGACCUCGAUGGGAGCUAUAAAUAGAACUUCUCAGCAAGAAUCAAGGGAUAAUCUUUCUACAAAAAAAUCCAUAAUAAUCCCACCUUUAAGGGAAAAAAGUGUGCAUUAGCUGUAUUACAAUAUUAGUUCUAAUUUUAGCCUCUAUUCUACAAACUACUCUUUUUUUUUAAUGUAUUUAUUUUCUUCAUAUGAUAAUCUGGUACUGGUGCCUUACUGUUUAAAUGCACAAACUGUUGUGUUGCUGGGGAAAAUAGUCUAAUAGUGUUUUUGCAUGCUUGCUUUUGACUGUACACAAACACACAGAUGAAAUAAAAUGUGAUCACAAAAGUAUUUGCAGUAAAGUUUUUGAUUCUGUCA